UUUUUAUAUUCUAGGAAGCGGAAGUAAAUGAAUUUCCGUAAAUAAACUUACUCGACCCGAAAGGUGUUAUUAUGAAUUUAAGCCUAGAAUCUAUUCUAAUUAAUUAUUAAAUAGAGUCGAGUAACCCGAAAUUUUUUAAAGUUCACGAACAAAUGUGAACAAAAUGUCGCCUUUAAAAUGAUUUAUAUUGAAUUAAAAUAAUAGAUCUAGAGUCACCUGUUUUUCACAUUACUAGUCGCGGGCGAUUUUACGUACCCAAAACGAUAGAUUACCUCCAAGACUAAGCAUACCCCCCACGGUGCCCACCCCUUAAAAAAGGAUGGGAAAAUCAAAUAAAAUUUUACUCUGUGGUUGCACUGGUGUUGGAAAAACUGCAAUACUAGAGCAACUGCUUUAUGGGAACCAUAUUGUUGAGUCACCAACACACCAGACUAUGGAGGAUAUUUACACAGCAGUGAUAGAAACAGACAGAGGUGUGAAGGAGAAAGUUCGGAUAUUUGACUUGGGCAUGCCAGAUGGUGUCGAACCAGAGCUACCCAAGCACUACCUGAAUUUUCCAGACGGAUUCAUUUUAGUCUAUGAUGUCACCAAUUUUGAUUCUUUCAAACGGCUUGACAAAAUAAAAAAAGAAAUUGACAAGCAUAAGGACAAAAGAGAAGGCCAUGUAAUAGUUAUUGGAAACAAAAGUGAAUUAAAUGACCGGAGGCAAGUUCAGUUUGAUGUUGCUAUGGCAUGGUCAGUCAAAGAGAAAAUGAGACUAUGGGAGGUAACAGUCACCAACAGGAAGUCAUUGGUGGAUCCAUUUGUCUGGCUUACAUCUAAAAUAACCCAGCCCACAGGAAAAAGUAACUUUUUACCAGGUCGGAAAACAAAGUCUUCAAGCGGCAAUAGUUUGGAUAAAAACUGAUUUUUAGGGAAUAUGCACAAAAGUCAUAUCAACUGAUAGCGCUUGUAGUUAGAUCUACAGUUUCAAGAUCUCAAACUAAAUUCAAGUUGCAUGCAGUCACAACGAUGUGGAUUACUUGCUGCAUAAGCAUGCGCUGGAACUUGAGGCACUUUACAGUGUAGUUCACAUAUCACUGUUCACACACCUGUGAUAGUCUAGAGCAGUAUAAAAUAAUGAAGUACUUCUCUCAAUGUUGUUCAUCUAAAUUCAUGUUCAUAUUUUGUUAAAUAAAAUGAAUUUUAAUAAAAUUUCA